CAGAAGCCGCCGGGCAGCGGCCCCCGAGGGUGCUCCCGCUGUAUCCCCGCGGGGGGGGAGCGGCUCCCCCGCGCUCAGGACCGCCCCGGGACCGGGGUGAGGAAGGUCGCCCCGGCCCCACUCCCUCCCUGCCUGCCUUGCCUUCCUCGGUGGCGCCCGCCGCCGCCUGCCCGCCGCAUCCUCCCGCCGCGCCCGCCGCCCAGGCCCCGCGUCCCGGCCUGCUCCGCCCCGUCCCCGCCCCGCUCCCUCCCACGGCGCGGUGGAUCCGCUUCCCGUCGGAGCCCCGCGGGCCUCGGCUGCCGAUGAGUUUCCGGGUCGGCGGCCUGAACUUGUGUUGCCGCCGCCGGUUGUUGACCGCGGGCGGAGAAGGAGGGAGCAAGCCGAGGCUGCGGGCCGGGCCGGGAGCAGGAGGCGCGGCUGGCGGGCGGGGAGGCGCCGAGGCGGAGCGGCCGCCCGGGCCCACGGAGCGCCGCCGGCAGCAGCUGUCAGCGCCGCCGCCGAACAAAGGGGUAGCGAGCGGGCGGCAGCCGCAGCGCCGUGCCCGCGCCGGGGGCCCCGGCGAGCUGAGUGACAGCCCCGGCUGUCCGUGAGGCUCCCACUGGAGCGGGCACUCCAGAGGGCGCCGUACCCGGAGUGGAGCGGGAGAGAGGAGCGGCCGCUGGGCACAUGGAAGCUCUGAGUGGCGGGCGCGGAGGCGCCGGGAAGGGCCGGGGAGAGCCCCUGUGAGGAGUCGGGAACAUGAAGUAAAGAGCAGUAAAGAGAGUGACAAGCUUUACAGACUACAGAAGAACAUGGGAACAAGACAAUUGGUGGAAGAGAGGCAAUUUUGGGAGGAAGUUUCCUUUUAUUUGUUGUUGCAGUGAAGUAGAGAGGAGUAAAAAGAAGCAAGGUCUGCAUAUGUGACACUUCGAACAUUGCCAGAGCUGUGAAGCAUGUUACAGAACCGUACAACAAGUGGAUGAAGGGGAAAGGAAGUGCCAUUGAUAGCUAGGAUAGCAACAUGGGAAACACAACCACCAAAUUCCGCAAAGCUCUUAUAAAUGGAGAUGAAAACUUGGCCUGCCAAAUCUAUGAGAGCAACCCUCAACUAAAAGAAACUCUUGACCCAAAUACUUCUUAUGGAGAAACGUACCAGCACAAUACUCCGCUCCAUUAUGCUGCUAGGCAUGGAAUGAAUCGUAUCCUGGGAACUUUCCUUUUUGUUCGAGACGGUAACCCAAAUAAAAGGAACGUGCACAAUGAGACAUCUAUGCACUUACUGUGUAUGGGACCUCAGAUCAUGAUCUCAGAGGGAGCUCUUCAUCCUCGCCUGACACGACCCUCGGAAGAUGACUGCAGAAGAGCUGAUUGUCUGCAGAUGAUCCUGAAGUGGAAGGGAGCAAAGCUGGAUGAAGGGCAAUAUGAACGAGCAGCCAUUGAUGCUGUUGAUAACAAAAAAAAUACACCUUUGCACUAUGCUGCUGCCUCAGGGAUGAAAACCUGUGUUGAGCUUCUGGUAAAACAUGGUGGAGAUUUGUUUGCAGAAAAUGAAAAUAAAGAUACCCCAUGUGACUGUGCAGAGAAACAGCACCACAAAGAGCUGGCUCUUAACCUGGAAUCUCGAAUGGUAUUUUCACGUGAUCCUGAAGCUGAAAGCAUUGAAGCUGAGUAUGCUGCUUUAGACAAAAAAGAGCCAUAUGAGGGGCUAAGACUUCAAGACCUGCGAAGGCUUAAGGACAUGCUGAUCGUGGAAUCUGCUGACAUGCUUCAAGCCCCGCUCUUUACUGCAGAAGCCCUACUUCGGGCACAUGACUGGGACAGGGAGAAGUUACUUGAAGCCUGGAUGUGUAACCCGGAGAACUGCUGCCAGCGUUCAGGGGUUCAGAUGCCAACCCCCCCUCCGAGCGGAUACAACGCGUGGGACACGCUCCCUUCUCCACGAACCCCACGCACUACUCGCUCUUCUGUCACUUCCCCUGAUGAAAUCAGCCCCUCACCAGGAGACAUGGAGACAGCUGUGUGUGACAUUUGCAUGUGUAAUAUUUCUGUGUUUGAAGACCCAGUGGAUAUGCCUUGUGGACAUGACUUCUGCAGAGCUUGCUGGGAGGCAUUUUUGAAUCUGAAAAUUCAGGAGGGUGAAGCUCACAACAUUUUUUGCCCAGCAUAUGAUUGUUUCCAGCUUGUGCCUGUAGACAUCAUAGAAAGUGUGGUUUCCAAGGAGAUGGACAAGCGAUACCUUCAAUUUGACAUUAAGGCCUUUGUUGAAAAUAAUCCUGCUAUUAAAUGGUGUCCUAUACCUGGCUGUGAAAGAGCAGUAAGGCUAACAAGACAAGGGACAAAUUCAACAGGGUCAGAUACUCUUAGCUUCCCUAUGCUAAAAGCCCCUGCAGUAGACUGUGGGAAAGGACAUCUCUUCUGCUGGGAAUGUCUUGGUGAAGCACAUGAACCCUGUGACUGCCAGACCUGGAAGGACUGGCUACAGAAAAUAUCUGAAAUGAAACCAGAAGAACUUGUGGGAGUGAGUGAGGCCUAUGAGGACGCUGCCAACUGCCUGUGGUUACUGACCAACUCCAAACCUUGCGCCAACUGCAAGUCCCCGAUCCAGAAGAAUGAGGGCUGCAACCACAUGCAGUGUGCAAAGUGCAAAUAUGACUUUUGCUGGAUAUGCUUAGAAGAAUGGAAGAAGCACAGCUCUUCCACUGGAGGCUACUACAGAUGCACUCGCUAUGAAGUUAUUCAGCAUGUAGAGGAGCAGUCCAAGGAGAUGACAGUAGAGGCUGAAAAGAAGCAUAGAAGAUUUCAAGAGCUUGAUAGGUUUAUGCACUAUUAUACAAGAUUUAAGAACCAUGAACUUAGCUACCAGUUAGAACAGCGCCUUCUAAAAACAGCCAAAGAAAAGAUGGAGCAGUUGAGUAGAGCUCUAAGUGGAACUGAGGGAGGCUGUCCUGAUACCACAUUCAUUGAAGAUGCAGUGCAAGAGCUUCUGAAAACUCGCCGCAUUCUUAAGUGUUCUUAUCCAUAUGGAUUCUUUUUGGAGCCUAAAAGCACAAAGAAGGAAAUAUUUGAACUUAUGCAGACAGACCUAGAAAUGGUCACUGAAGACCUUGCACAGAAAGUGAACAGGCCUUACCUCCGGACACCUCGCCAUAAGAUCAUCCGCGCAGCUUGUCUGGUGCAGCAGAAGCGACAGGAGUUCCUGGCCUCUGUGGCCCGGGGGGUGGCUCCUGCAGACUCUCCAGAAGCACCCAGGCGCAGCUUUGCUGGUGGAACAUGGGAUUGGGAGUAUUUAGGAUUUGCAUCCCCCGAGGAAUAUGCUGAAUUUCAGUAUCGGAGGAGGCACAGACAGCGUCGACGCGGAGACAUGCACAGUCUGCUGAGUAAUACUCCAGACCCUGACGACCCCAGUGAGAGUACAUUAGACACUCAGGAAGGUGGCAGCAGUAGAAGACAUGGCACCUCCAUGGUGAGUUCAGCUUCUAUGGGUAUUCUGCACAGCUCUUCGCUUCAUGACUAUACCCCUGUCAGUCGCUCUGAAAACCAGGAUUCUCUUCAGGCUCUGAGUUCUCUGGAUGAAGAUGACCCAAACAUCCUGCUAGCUAUUCAGCUGUCAUUACAAGAAUCUGGCUUGGCCAUAGAUGAAGAAACUAGAGACUUUCUAAAUAAUGAGGCAUCUUUAGGAGCAAUAGGUACCUCUUUGCCUACAAGACUGGACUCUGCUCCCAUAAGUAUAGACAACCCAAGGGGUGCUUUGAGCAGCUCUGAGCUUCUAGAACUUGGUGACAGUCUGAUGAGACUGGGUGCAGGCAAUGAUCCCUUCUCAGCUGAUCGUCUUCAUUCCCACCCCUGCAGCGAGACAAGAAGUGGAUUAUACUCAACUUCAAGCGAUGCUGAUUCCAGCAGUCAAGAUCCCAAUACCAGUGAAAAUCUGCUUGGAAAUAUUAUGGCCUGGUUUCAUGACAUGAACCCACAGAGUAUUGCCCUGAUCCCUUCAACAAGUACAGAAACAGACGAGGAGUCACAGCAACCCAGCACUGAAGAUGGGUCAGCAGGGCAACCAAACCUUACAGACACAGGGCUGGAGCCUCAGGAAGAGCAUGCACUGUUUGAGGAUGCACUCAAAAACGAAGGCAGAGGAACCCAAACAGAGGAAAGCACUUCUGAAGAAAACAUUAUUCCAAGUGAAACAGUAUCACAAAUCGGUGAUAAUAACAGGGAGGUAACAAGCACCCUAAAUACUUCAGGAGAUAGUUCAAGUCAGACUCCUCAAACCUCAAGUGAAUGGACUGAACAUGUUCAUCUGGUAUGAAUAAAAACUAAAUCUGGAGUAAAAGAAUGGCGGUGACAGAUGGUACAGUAUGUGGAGUAAGCAUUAUGGAGGCUUUGAUCCACAUAAUUGCAGCUCAGUUGUAACCACUGACAUAACAACGGAUAUUUAGGAGUUCUCUUGAAUUGUAGUUCUUCAUAAUGAUGUGAACCUUUCAAGGAAUAUCCUUUGCAUUUAAUUAGGUAGUAUUUGCCUUUUUGCUCUCAAGAGAAAGGAAUAACUAGGUUGUACUCCACAUUCCUAAUACAAUGCAGCAUCUGUUUAGCCUUAGGUUGAUGAUCCUUAACUUGAAAGUACGGAUUAAAGGCUUACACUGAUUAUUUUGUUUGGUUUUCCUAAGAAAUAGUUUAUUCCAUUUUUUAGAACUCAUAAUUUCACCAAAAUAACAUCUAGCAGUUCAUUUGCAUUUUGGUUUUGUUUUCCAUAACUUUUCCUUACUCAUUUUUCAUUUUCGUUAGCAGUGUGAACGGAGGUAUUUAAUGCUUCUCUGUAGUACUGCUCCAGGAACAAGUUUUAGGGGAUAUUCUUUCCCUUUAAAAUCAAAGAUUUUUUCAUGUCUAUUUACAGUCCAAAUGUGCCAAACUGUGAAAAGUUAACUGGCAGUAGCCUAACGGAACAGUGCAGUGCUACUCUAUCCAACUAAUCCCACAAUUCUUAGCAAUGGAAGAAACCACUGGGUAGCAUUGCUUCUCCAAAUUUAACUGGCAUAUGUUGCCAUGGUGACUGCAUUUAAUUAAAUGUAGCCUGUAUCUUAAGUUAAUAAAACCUAAUGCUGCUGUUAAACAGUUAUUUUAAAUAUUAAAAUACAGUGAGUUAGCAACAGCUAUGCUGUAUUUUAAGAGACACUUUAAUGGAAGUGCAAUCAUAGUUCUUUGUUUUCAUAAUUCUACAAAGCAUUUUAUGCACUAAUAGUGCAAUUACUUUUAAUUAUAACAUUUUAUAAAAAUAUAGGAAUACAGAAUUUUCAUAUACUAGUCAGUCCCACAAUUAAAGGUUCAGAUAACACAUCCUGCUCAACAUGUUACGGUGCCUUUGCCUAACCCAACUGGAUAGUUGCCACAGUUAAACAAGUAAUUCAAAUUCAGUGUUUGUUCUGGAGUAACUAUGCUAUUAAUUGCAAAGACCUCCAUAAAACCACCCAUGGCCUUGCCUUUACAGUAAAUAACUAAACGUUCAGUCAGUGUUUUUGCAUAUACAAAACACUACUAGGUAUUUGUUCAAUUGCACAAUAUUCAUUUGCUGUGUGAUUACUGUUUAGUGUAAGAAAAAAAUAAAAUUUUAAAAAAACACAAAAAAACCUUUUCCUAGUUGUUGUACCGUGAAAAACAAAAAUACUGGUUUUAGAUUUGCUUAAAAGCAUCAAUCUACAGUUAGUGAGAUACAAUGGUACAGUAUGUAAUUACAACUAGAAUAAGUUGUUCAAAUGGCUGUUUUAAUUACAUAUAAUCAAAACUUUUCAUAACAUGAGCAAAUUACAUACACUCCAUUUUAAGUUUUGCUUAACUGUUACCAGAGAUUUGUUGAUAUGAUAUAAAAAUUUAUUACUACUGAGUGUGUAUAGGCAAGUGUCAUGAUAGCAAAGUUUAUGUAUUGAUUACUGUGAGUUCAAGUGAGUGUUUUGGUAACUAAUUCAUGCAAAUCCAGCUUUGGAACCUUGCAGUUACAAGGUUCAUAUUAGUAAAAAAUGAAAUAAGAAUAUUUUACCCUUACCCCAUAAAAACCUUGUCCAUUUUCAAGCAUCUUUAGAGAGAAGGAAUUAGAAUAGUCUAAAUAAUUUUCCAACUUCUCCUAUAGCCACCCUACUCCUGACACAAUAUUGAGCCUUUGAAAAAUACCUAUAGGUAUAAAAUCCUUCAACUAAAACGGUCCUUCACGAACUGUCAUCAUGAAUUGGUCUGAAAGUUGUUUAACUCACAUAGCUUCCUUGAAUGGUAAUUUCUGAAUAGAAAGAUUCUCUCAAAAAGAUUGUGUAUUGCAUUGAGAUGUAUUGCAAAGUUACAGUAAGAUAUGUAAGAGUGCUCUCUGUGAAGAUAGUGAAGUUUGUGGGUUCUGGUUUUAUGUAAUUUGGUUAGGUUGUGCAGUAUAUCCAUUGUUUCCGUGUUACUCUUAUGAGCAUGAAAUUAGACUAUUAAAUUUGUAUUUUCUUGGUACUUAUUUUAACACCAUAGUCAUUGACUUUACAAUUCAAAAAUAAAAGUUUGGCAAGACUAUUUUGUAAACCUGUUAAUUUUAUAAUGUAAAAAAAUUACUCUAACCUUGAAUUGUUAUUUGCACUUUCAUAGUCUAUACUUGAUACAUUCCCACUUUAUAUACAGGUAGGAUACUACAACCAUGUAGAUGUUUGGCCAAAUGAAUGCUGUUAAUAAUAUGUAAAAUUCUUUGAUUAAACAUUUAUUACUUAAACUAA